AUGACGUCUUCAUUGGUGAGCCGAUUCACGAUCUGGGACUACCUGGUGUUCUGCGGCAUGCUCGUCGUGUCCUCGGCCAUCGGCGUCUACUGCGCUUUCGUCGGCACCAAGAAGGUGUCCACCGACGAGUUCCUGAUGGGCGGCCGCCAGCUGAGCGCGUUUCCCGUGGCGCUCUCCAUCCUGGCCAGCUUCAUGUCAGCCAUCACGCUGCUCGGCACGGCCUCCGAGGUGUACCUAGCGGGCACCCAGUACGUCAUCAUCUGCGUCUCCUACUGCUUCGUCAUCCCGGCCACGGCCUACUUCUAUAUGCCCGUCUUCCACCACUUGCAGCUGACCAGUGCCUACGAGUACCUCGAAAUACGCUUCAACAAAGUUAUACGAUCCAUGGGAAGUAUGACAUUCUCCCUUCAAAUGGGCGGCAUGAAGGCUGUCGUGUGGACGGACGUCUUUCAAAUUGGGCUAAUGUUUGGAUCCAUGAUCAUGGUCGUCCUGCGAGGGACUAUCGACCUCGGUGGACUCGGAUACGUCUUUGACAGGGCGUCCGAAGGUGGACGUCUGGAAUUUUUCAACUUCAACCCCAACCCGACCGAGCGGCACACAGUGUUCGGCAUGACCAUCGGCGCCUACUUCACCUGGAUGUCAGUGUACGGCGUCAGCCAGGCCAUGGUGCAGCGCUACCUCACCAUACCCACAAUUCAGGGCGCACGCAAGGCUAUCUGGAUCAAUCUUCCGGGCCUCUCGUUCCUGAUGCUCACCUGCGCCAUGGCGGGCCUGGUCAUUUACGCUCGAUACCACGACUGCGACCCAAUCAUGACCAAGAAAGUUAGCUCACCAGACCAGCUCCUUCCUCUGUACGUCAUGGACGUCCUGGGCAAGUUCACGGGUAUCCCUGGACUUUUCGUCUCGGGCAUUUUCAGCGGAGCACUCAGGGUACAGCUUAAAAGCACCGUCUCCUCCGGAGUCAACUCGCUGGCAGCUGUUACCCUCGAGGACGUUGUGAAAUGCUACAUCGUGGAAGAUAUGACUGAUCGCUUCGCCACUACGCUGACCAAGUUCCUGGCGCUGACGUUUGGGUGCACCGCCAUUGCACUGGUCUACGCCGCGCAGAACAUGGGCAACGUCUUACAGGCUGCUCUGUCAAUUUUUGGCAUCGUCGGAGGACCACUGCUGGGAGUUUUCACCCUCGGCAUAUUUUUUCCCUUUGCAAAUAGCAUCGGGGCAGGCGUGGGCAUUGUGACGUCACUGAUAGUGACCUUCUGGAUUGGCAUCGGCGCCUUUUACUACAAGCCGGCACACCGAAUGGCCAGGCGCUCAGUGAUGGGAUGCCUGCAGGAGUACAUCAACGUGACGCACCAGGAUCCUGCGAACGUGACUUUCCCCAUAGUUCCCGACCCGUAUGUAGCCAACAAGGAGAUACUCUACGUCUACCGGAUCUCGUAUGUCUGGUACAGCAUGAUUGCCUGCGUGCUGGUCGUCCUUGUCGGAAUCAUCGUUAGCCUAAUCACUGGGCCCUAUAAACCAUCGAAAGUCAACCCGAGGUCGAUUCACCCCAUCUAUAAUUGCGUCAUCAAGAUGCUGGCAGCACCGUCUGUGAGAGAAAAGCUCAUGGUUAGAAGUGAGGUAUGUGUCACGAAUAACGUUCUCUCUCUCUCUCUCUCUCUCUCUCUCUCUCUCUCUCUUUUUUUUUUUUCACAAAGCGGGGGCGAUAUUUCAGCUUCCGACUCUACGCUCUUUUGCAUUAUAAAUUUUGAAUAAGAAAGAUCAAAUUUGUUAUCUCCAAUUC